AUGCGGUCUUUGUAUCAGGUGCUCAGGCACCUACUAUUCGCCAGCCUAACGCGUGCCCAGUUUGGGGUUCAGAAUGAUAGGUCAGUUCUCGGUAUUAACAAUGAGUUCUCAGGUGUAUGUUACACAUAUGUUUCGGUCUAUCCAGUCCUUGCCGAUCCCGAUUAUAUCACCAUCACAAAGCCCUACAGAGGCUCAGUAACAACGCAGUAUACUGUCCCACCACAGGGCGAUGAGCCCGGUAUUGUUAUUGUUGAACAGCCAGGUGGUUCUUCGGCGCCGGAGAAUGUAGUCAUCCCUGCGACGGAUGAUAAGUCUUAUGUUAUUAUUAUUAGACCGCAUUCAGGGCCGAAUCCGAUUUCUGCGCCCAUUACACAGGUUGUUCCGCCGAGAAGUGGACAACCGGGGCAGAUUAUCAUUGAGACGCCGGAGACGCAGACGCCAGGUGUGUUGCAGCCUCUUUCGCUUGAGCCAAAGGAGUUGACUGGCUAUGUGACGGUUCUUCGACCGUUGACUGGAACAUUGGCGUCGUUGCAACUUAUCACAAUUUCACCGACUGGGACAAACCGUGGAUCGGUCAUCAUCAAUGUCCCGACAUCAGCACUCAACGGGGGAAGCCUUCAAGGUCUUACUCUGGAGCCUGCACAAGAUGGUGAUUAUGUCACUGUGAUUGAACCAGCGGGAACAGGUUUCAGGGGAACUGCUCCAAUUAGACUAACAGUACCACCAAGCAACGGUAACCCUGGUACUGUCAUCAUUCAAACUCCUGUACCUGGAACUCUUAUGCCGCUGGCCCUUGAGCCUUUGACCCCUAACACCUUGGGUGCCUUGGGACUCGCCGGUCAAACGAUCACACUUCAACCAGCCGAUGCGACCAGCUAUGUGACCAUCAUUGAACCAGCCGAAGGAAGCGUCACACCGACAGCACCUAUCCGAACUACUAUUCCACCGACUGGUACCAAGCCCGGAACUGUGCUCAUACAAACACCACCGGGUUGGAAUGAUGGGGGAGAUGGUGCCGCCUUCCAACCGACACGAACUCGUCCGCAGGGCUCGGUAUCAUAUACGACUAUUACUCGUGGUGUGCCCAUGGGGAUGGGUGGAUCAGGGAGUGGUUCCGACAACGGCUCAAAUGGGGGAUCAGGGUCUGGCGAUCUCUCUGGCGAUGUCCAGGGUCAACCAGGCCAAGGCGGCGAUGAUGGUUCAGGGCCGCGACAGACUCUCACCAUUCCCCCUGAGGGUGGAAACCCUGGUACUGUCCUUGUUUUGACACCCGAAGACCCUAAUAAUCCGCAGACUGGCAACAACGGUGGCGGCGAUAAUGAUGCCCAGGCUACUGGAGGAUCUAGUGAUGGGAACCAAGGGGGUUCGGGCUCAUCUAGUGGAGGAAAUGGCCAGAGUGGAAGUGAAGGAAGCUCCAACAAUGGAGGAUCUGGAGGGGGCUCCAAUAGCGGCAGUGGUAGCUCCUCUGGACAAGGAGGUAGCUCAAGCAAUGAGGGCUCCUCCGGAAACGACGAUGAUCCCGUAAAAGGCGGCGUUCAGGGCUCCGGCUCUGAAUCGGGAGGCAAUGGUGGUGACGGUGAAACCGGAAACGGAGGAUCUCCAAGCUCGAAUAACGGCAAUGGGUCUGGAAAUGGCGGGCCAUCAAGCUCCGAUGGAAGCAGUGGCUCAGGAGGAACCCAAGGCGGUGCUCAAGGUGGUUCCAACACCGAUGGUGGCUCUGUUGGCAGUGGUACACGAUCUGCUGGCUCUUCUUCGAGUACCAAAGGCUCUUCUAGUGGCAGCUCUGGAGGCAACGAUGGCCCAACAUCUGGAGAUACAGAGUCUGAAGGUGAUGGCUCAGAGGGCGGCUCGGAUGCUGGCAGUGGAAGCUCUGGUGGUACUGGAACGACUUCUGGCGGUAAAGGUUCUAGCGGAGAUGACGACGGUGACUCUGGAUCAGCAGGAAGCAACGCUGGAGGGGAUAGUGGUGCUUCAGGUCAGUCAUCCUCAUCGCGAAGAGGAAGUACUUCUCGCCGCCCAAGCACUCGACCACCAAUCGUCAGGACAUCACCCUCAACCUACGUCGUCACAUCCAGCAGCACUGUCUUCACCAUCACCGCUAAUGUCGUCGAGACUCUCACUGCUGAACCUCAGAGGACUCGCCGAUCAACCACUAGCGGCGGCCUUACAGGUGGAGUCGAAGGGCUAGGCGGAAGUGAAAUUGCAGCUACAGAAAGUACGACAUUCAGACGCCCUUCAAACAGCCGGUCUACAGGAUCUGCGGCUGAUACUGCUGGCGGAGCUGCUUCUGGCACCGAGUAUAAUUCCUCGCAAACUACACAGGCUCCUGGAAGUCCUUCAAGUACUAGACAAGCUGGUGCUUCGUCAAGCUCGGGAUACACUGGUACUGUUGAUACGCGCGUUCGUCCCGGAGGCAGUGGUCUGAGCUCUACACGUAGCAGAACUUCGACUUCAGGACAAGCUUCUAGACCUUCAACUGGCGAGACUACUAUCGUCGAUAGUGGCCCUGCCAUAACAAAUGAUCCUGGCUCAAAUGCAGAGGAAGCUACUUCAUCCGUUGGAAAUGCCGCCCAGAGCUCAUCUACCCGCUCGGCGCAAGGGUCAAGUGCCUCUCAAUCUACCAGUGCGCAAAGGCCUGCUGCAGAAACUUCUUCGUCAGAUACUCGUUUUACGGCGAGACCUGCUGUCAUAUCAACUAACGGUGGUAAUGCUGAAGCUGGAGGAACAUCGCAGGCCUCGCAGAUAAGUAGCAGGGCUACUAGCUCAGUAUCGGGCUUUGUCGAAGGAGAACCUGGAUCAAGCGCGGCAGGAAACAAUGGCGGUACCGCUUCGGAAGACGAUGAGGCGACAUCCCAGGCAUCACGAGCUUCCAGUGGAUCACAGUCAAACAGCGCUGUUGGCACAGGCUCUUCAUCGGUUUCAGCAACAUCUAGCGCUGCAACACCUGGAGGCACAUCGUCCGGUGCAAACACCAGAGAUAGCGGUAGCUCGUCAACAUCAGGAGCCGCACCCGGGUCUAGGACUUCAACUGAUUCACGCGAAGGCUCGCCCGUGGAAAAUGCUGGAAGCUCCCAGUCUGACGCAGCUCGAGAUCCGAGCACGGGUACAUCAGUAGUGUCGCACACCAUAGGCCAGAGCUCAAGCACCUCCAGAACAAGUGAGGAGAUUAAUUAUGAGACGCUUAUUGGCACCCAGAGCGUUCCGGAGUCAGAGCGCGUGGAACAACCCGGUGACACUUCGACUCGUUUAGCGACAAGCAGUGCUGCUGGAUUGACAGGGCAGCCAGCUGCAGGAGUUGGAGGCUCAACCAUUGUCGGGUCAAACUCACAUACCACAGCUAUUGAUAUCGAUGAUACCGCGACUACAUCUAGUGGAGAGUUGCUCGCUGGGGAAUCUGCAGCUGGUGCUACAUCUGGAAAUGCAGGAGAGAGCUCUGUGAGUGAAGGCUCUAAUGACGAGACCGCCUCCGCUUCUAGAGAUCCUGGUUCUGAGGCAGCAUCUGAUGAUGCUCGUGAGACAGGAGAUGCUACCGGCACUACUCAACCCGAAGAUGGUGAGACUAGCUUAAUCUCACCUCAAGUGCCAGUUCCUACCGAUCGAUUGCCAGAGUCCGAAUCCAGGAGUCAGUUGCUUACCGGUGGAGUCGAAGGUAUACCUGCCAGGAGUGGUUCAUCGUUUGAGUCUCCUGAGUUGCCACUACCGACAGCGGUAUCAACUGGCCCCCUCCCUGAUUCCAAUCUUCUGUCUACAGCAACGGACAAGGAGUCCUCGGGAGCAUCGCCUGGAUUUGGAGUUCCCACUGGUUCACAAGCUGUGCCUUCUGAUGACGAUGAUCUUGACCCCGGCUCGGAAGAGACUGGUACAGAUGGGCCCACUGGCAGUGAGACUUCUGAGCCUGGUGCACCUUCUAACUCCUCGAGUGAUGAAGCCUCUGAGACUGGCACUGGAGCUUCCAUAAAGCCAUCGCGGAGUGGCUCGUUAGGUGACGGCGAUGAUGAGGGGGCCAGCACCACAAAUGAAGCAAGUGCUGAGCCUUCCGAUACAGAUGCCGACGCCGAAAGCGAGACGUUCGGCCCUGAUGCUACUUCUGAUGGCUCGGGAUCUGGAGCUGGUCCCAACACUGACGAAGAUGGUCAGACCAUCACCGACGCAUCUGGAGGAAUACCUACAGCUGUAAUCCCAUCAGACAACAGCCUGACCACUGGCGCUCCCAAUGGUGCAUUGGCAACAAUCACAGUCUUUAGGGCAGGUCGUGGCCCAGCCAGAACAACACUCUACGUCCCUCCCCAAGCAUCCAAUGAUCCUUGGACUGUCGUCAUAGAGACUCCAGUUUCUGAGACUCAAUCUGAAGCUGCAACUGCUCGCGGAGACGACGAUGUUCUUGCUACCACGUCUGCUGUAGGCGGUAACACCAAUGUCACUAUCUUCAGAGGUGGGCCCAGCCCUGCACGAAGGACUAUUUAUGUACCUCCCAGGUUUGCAAACGAGCCUGGUACUAUUGUUAUUGAGACGCCAACUGGGACUGCUAUCGCCACUGCGACUGAGACUCGAGAUAGUGGCAGCCAGACCACCGGUCUUGGACCUGGUGUCAGACCCAAUGUGACGGUCUAUAGUUCAGGUACUGCGUCAGAAAGAAUAACUCUGUACAUCCCACCUACAGCAUCAGGCGAAGCUGGUACUAUUAUUAUUCAGACGCCAGCCUCCGAUGAAGACUCUGAUACUAUAACUGGAGGCCCUGGAGAUGAGAGCGGCAAAACUGCCACUUCCGAUGACAGGACCGCUGUAACUAUCUAUACGGAAGCAACUGGAUCUACUGGAAACACUAGAUACAUCUCGCCAACCGUUUCUGGAGAGUUGGGCACUUAUAUCAUUGAGACGUUUGCCUCCGAAGCUGGUGAAGCGACUGCUUCAGAUGAUUCAGCUGAGGCUACAGGUCCUGAAGCUUCCAUCACACCUAUUCCUACCGCCGAGGCCUCACAAGGUGGCAUUGGAAAUGUUACUCUCUACCGAGCUGGAGAAGGUUCAGAGAGAAGCACAGUCUUCAUCCCACCAGAAACUACCGGCGAUCCAUGGACGAUCGUAAUCGAGACACCAAUCUCGCAAACUGAAUUGGUAGAGACAGGAACAGUUCCAGGCUUCCAAACAACAAUCCCCACUAUCACCGGAAGCGCCAACUUGACCAUCUUCAGAGCAGGUGUUGCAUCUACACGAAAGACAAUCUACAUCGCGCCCAAGACAUUCGGCGCCCCAGGAACUGUUAUCAUCGAGACACCUGUCCCAAGUACACAGACUGGUGGUCUUACAGCUAAGCCUGAAGCACAACCAACUAUUGGUGCUGGAUCAAAUACUACGAUUUUUGUUCCAGGUACUGGUCCCGGACGAACGACUUACUACGUUCCGCCGUCAGAUCCGAGUGACCCUGGUACUGUUUAUGUUGAGACUCCUGCAUCUGGUGCGGAGACUGAGGAGCCCACUAUUGGCCCUUCAGCUACCGGAGAUGGUGAAAAUACUAUUGUAGCUGCAACGACUGUCACUAUCUUUAGUGGUGGACCUGGAUCUGUUACGAGAAGUGUGUAUAUCCCCCCUACAGAUUCAGGGGAGGCGGGCACUAUGCACAUCGAGACUCCUACAGAUGGCACCGAAGCCACAGCAAGUAGUGGCGAAAAUGUCAUAUCUGCCGCGACUACUGUCACCGUCUUCAGCGGCGGCCCUGCUUCGGUAACCAGAACGGUGUAUAUCCCACCCAGAGCAUCUGGAGAAGCAGGAACUCUCAUCAUCGAGACCCCUACUGAUGGCCCUGAAGCUAGUCCGACAGGUAAUGGUAGUGGACAGGAGACUGAAGUCUCUACCGAGACAGCUGCUCCUUCUGAAGCCAAAGAGGAAGCUAUCUCGGCGGCGACUACAGUCACUAUCUUCAGUGGAGGCCCCGCGGUAGUCACAAGAACUACUUAUAUUCCACCAACAGCUUCCGGGGAGGCCGGGACGCUUGUUAUUGUGACACCCAUAGGGGGAUCUAGUGCCGACACAACCGGUGAUGGCAAUGAUAGUUCCGAGACUGGGUCUGUCACCAAUGCGGAGGAGAUUACAGCCGGGACAACUGUUACUAUCUUCAGUGGUGGUUCAGGCUCUGCAACCCGAACUAUCUACAUUCCUCCUACCGCCUCAGGCGAAGCUGGAACACUCAUCGUGGAGACACCCACGUCUGGUCCGGACGGCGAUGAGUCUAGCAUCACGGGCACAGGCGCCAGUGCCCCAACUGCAAUAGUCACCCCUGAAGGGCCAGGUAACGUCACUAUCUAUAGCGGCGGACCUGCCUCUUCAACAACAACUCGUUUCAUCCCUCCUACUGCUUCAGGAGAGCCCGGUACUGUGGUCAUUGAAACACCAACCGCAGGGCCACAAGCGACAGGUAUUGGAAAUGUUACUAUCAGCACAGGCGGUCCUGCUACAGUCACUCAGACUCGGUAUAUCCCUGCCACGGUGAGUGAUGAGCCUGGAACUAUCGUCAUCGAAACACCGACUUCUCAAGUUGAUGAAGAGAGAGGUGCAGGAAACACAACUAUCUAUAGCGCUGUAUCUGCUACUGGUACUCGUACAGUCUACAUUCCACCUACGGUAUCCGGCGAGCCUGGAACCGUCAUCAUUGAGACCCCUGCUGUGAGAGCAGUGACUGUCUACACAGAUGGUCCUGCAUCGACGACCCGAACGCUCACUAUUCCGGGCACUGCCUCAGGCGACCCUGAUACCAUUCUCAUCGAGACGCCUCCUCCAAGCUCAGGCUCUGGCCCUGCUAAUGUCACUGUCUAUACUGACGUUUCUGCCACUGCCGCCACUACUCGUUUCAUUCCCGGUACAGCUUCAGAUGAACCUGGAACGUUCAUUGUUGAAACACCAAUUAGAAGUCCAACCUACGUGACAGUCUACAAUGGUGGACCAGGUACAGCUGUGACAACGAUCUAUCUGACACCAAGUGAAUCUGGUGGUUCAACCACUAUGAUCAUCCAGACUCCCACUCAAGGAUCCGAAGAGUCUGCUACAGAUAAUAGUGACGUGUCUAAGACUAGAACCAUUACAGAAGCUUCAGGCGCAUCGGCGACUCUCCGUGGGAAUGUCACCAUCUACACUCAAGCUCCCGGCACAGCUGGCGGAACAUUCUACUUCCCACCUGAUGACCCAGAGGAAUCGGGCACUAUCAUUAUUGAGACACUGUCCGGUGAUGCUGAAGCGACUGGUGCUGAGUCUACUGAAGAUACAGUCGUCCCAACUGCUGGUGGCCGGGUCAAUACCACAAUCUUCAGUGGCGGCCCAGUAACUGCGCCUAGAACAUUAUACAUAUCAGCGACAAUAUCUGGAGAACCGGAUAUCGUGCUUGUGGAGACACCAACCACUGGCCCAGAAGCAGAGACUUCAGAGUCAGCGACUGGCCAGCGAUACACAACUAUCUUUGGUGGAGGGUCUGGAACAACCGCGAAGACCAUCACCAUUCCUGCCACUGCAUCUGGUGAGCUGGAUACUGUUCUGAUCGAGACACCUACUGGUGGUGUUCCCGAAGUCACAAUUACCAGAGGGGGACCUGUUUCAGUGGCGACGACUAUCACUGUCCCUGGUGCGCCUGGCGAACCUGACACUGUUCUUGUUGAGAUUCCAACUGAAUCUGGAGAUGCUGGGCCAUCAGGGACUGCUAAUGGCUCGGGCGAAGUGACUUCUACUCGCGGCGGACCAGUUACAGCUGCGACGACGAUCACAAUUCCUGGUCAAUCAGGCCAGCCAGACACUGUUAUUGUUGAAACGCCGACUCGUGCGGCUGAUGUCACAAUCACUAGGGGAGGACCUAUUUCAAUCGCCACGACCGUAACAAUCCCUGGAGCACCUGGCGAGCCAGAUACGGUUCUUGUGGAAACACCAAUUGAGUCCGCCGAUCUGUCCGUGACUGGAAGUGGCGCAGGUGAAAUAACUUCCACUCGUGGCGGACCAGUCACGGCCGCAACGACGGUCACCAUCCCAGGUGUAUCGGGUCAGCCAGAUACGGUCAUUAUUGAAACACCUACAACCGCCUCUGAUGCUAAGGAAUCUACGACGACUAGAGACGGUCCAGUUGAAGUGACAUCUACUCGAGGAGGACCGGUAACAGCUGCAACUACUAUCACUAUUCCUGGAGAGUCAGGGCCGCCAGACACCGUUAUUAUCGAAACGCCUACAAGAUCUUCAGAUGAUGAAACAACAGAAACUGGAGGCAGCCCAGGAGAGGUAACUUCGACAAGAGGAGGACCUGUAACAGCGGCGACUACCAUCACCAUCACUGGUGAACCAGGUGAGCCAGACACGGUCAUCAUUGAGACUCCAGCGAGGUCAAGUGAGCCUCCUGUAACAGGUGGUGUUCAAGCAAUCACUUUAACAAGAGGCGGGUCCGUGACCAAAGCAACUACUAUAACUAUCCCCGGCGAGUCAGGUGAGCCUGACACGGUUAUCGUUGAGACACCUUGGUCGUCUGGCGAGGUUGAACCAUCUGCAACUGAAGGUAGCCAAGAUGAAGUUACCAUUACUUGGGGCGGACCUGUGACUGCCGCCACUACCGUUACUAUCCCUGGAGUUUCCGGUGGUCUAAAUACUGUGUUUAUUGAAACACCCACUCGAUCUUCUGAAGAGUCUACAGGAACUGCUGUUCGAGAGGUCACAAUCACUCGUGGUGGUCCGGUUACAGCCCCUAUUACAGUUACCGUCCCUGGAGUCCCCGGCGGUCCUGAUACUGUUUACAUUGAGGUGCCUACAGAGUCUGUUAGGACCGGAGCUGUUCAAGAGGUCACUAUUACGCGAGGCGGCCCUGUAACAGCUGCCACAACGGUAACCAUUUCUGGCGGAGCGGGAGAGCCAGAUACUGUUUAUAUCGAAACGCCUACCGAGUCCGUAGACGGGGUUAGGGAGACACCAGUGACUGGAGCCGUCCAAGAAGUCACUAUUACGAGAGGCGAUCCAGUCACAGCAGCAACCACAGCCACAAUCCCUGGCGUUUCCGGAGGACCAGAUACGGUCUAUAUAGAAAUACCCACAGAAUCUGCCGCUGGAGGUACGGAGCCACCAGCUACUGGAGCUGUUCAGGAAGUUACCAUCACACGUGGAGGUCCCGUCACAGCGGCAACAACGAUUACUAUCCCUGGAGCUUCUGGCGAGCCAGAUACCGUUCUGGUUGAAGUUCCAAUUGAAUCUGCUGAGCGACCGUCGGAAACAGGCUCUUUACGUGAAGUCACUGUUACAAGAGGUGGCUCAGUUACAGCUGCGACAACACUUACGAUUCCUGGCGAAUCUGGUGGGCCUGACACUGUACUGGUUGAGAUUCCAACUGGCUCUGUUCGCGAAGUCACUGUUACACGAGGCGGUCCAGUCACAGCUGCGAUAACACUCACCAUUCCGGGUGAGUCUGGGGGACCAGAUACUGUACUGGUCGAGAUCCCGACAGGCUCAUCUGAUGAUGAUGAAGGCGUUUCUACUCAAGGAGAAGUCACGAUUACUCGUGGCGGUCCUGUUACCGCUGCUACAACUCUCACUAUACCUGGGGCUUCGGGCCAGCCAGAUACGGUUGUCGUCGAAAGGCCAACUGGGUCUAGCAGCGAGCCAUCAGAAACUGAUGAUGGCCAAGAAGAGGUCACUGUUACCCGGGGCGGCCCUGUCACAGCUGCAGUUACAAUCACCUUACCCGGUGUAUCAGGCGGACCUGAUACCGUCAUCGUCGAAACUCCCACCGAGUCUGCCAUCGAGCCCUCAGAGACUGAUGACAUUCGGGAAGAGGUCACUAUUACCCAAGGUGGCCCUGUUGCAGCCGCGACAACGAUCACUGUUCCAGGUUUAGCAGGAGAACCAGACACUGUCAUCGUCGAGACACCUACUGGCGCUUUUGAGACUCCCAACAAUGCUCUCGCCAACGUCACUGUCUACAGUGGCGGUCCUGUCUCAGUUACUCGUACCAUAUAUCUUCCACCCGCCGCAUCUAGCGAGGCCGGUACUAUUGUCAUCGAAACACCAGAUGGUUCUGGUCCCACGGAAACUGCCCGUGGGCCUGGAAAUAUUACUAUUUACACAGGUGUCGCUGGCACAGCUACAAGAACCGUCUUCAUCCCUGCUACAGCUUCUGGAGUGCCAGGCACGGUACUCAUCGAAACGCCAACAGGUUCUUCUGGUGGUGAGGAGACGACAGGAAGUAUUGUUGCAACAGCGACAGGACCUCUAACUACCUCUGAGGGCAGGCCAAAUACUACAAUUUUCAGCGGUGGAUCUGGCUCAUCGACAAGGACGGUCUACUUCCCACCAGCGUCUGAUGAUCCCGAAGGCCUUGGGACCGUUGUUAUUGAGACACCAACCUCUGGUAGUGAAGAAAAAGAUCCCGAAGCAACAAGCAGUGCCAUUACUCCCGGAGGACCAGCUAACAUCACACGAAUCGUCGGAGGUCCUGCUUCGGUCACCACUACUAUCUACAUCCCACCAACUGCCUCUGGUGAGCCCGGCGUUGUGAUCAUUGAGACGCCAACUUCAACCCCCGAGGAUGAGACGACGGCCAGUGGGGGUGCGGCAAACACAGCUUUCCCAGUGGGUAGACAAAACGUCACUCUCUACAGCGGCGGUCCAGGUACGGUUGUAACAACAAUCUACUACCCGCCUGCAUCAAGCAACCUUAAUGAGCCUGGUACAGUGGUGAUCCAGACCCCAACGGCUGGUCCUGGGCAGGAGACAUCAUCAACAUCGGCAAGCGAAGCUGCUACGCCAAUCCAGAAUAUUACUCGCAUCGUGGGAGGACCUGCUUCUGUCACAACGACGAUCUACAUCCCUCCCACUGCCUCUGGAGAACCGGGAGUUGUCAUCAUUGAGACGCCUACAGCCAGUCCCGGGGAGGAACAGACAUCUUCGACAUCUAUUACCGCAACCUCCGGCGGCGAGGAAACAACUGGCAUUCCUAAUGUUACUCGCUAUGUCGGCGGCCCAGCUUCCAUCACGACAACAUACACGAUGCCCCCUACAUCGUCUGGGGAGCCAGGAACAGUGGUCAUCCAAACCCCUUCCGCCAGUCCUAGCGAGGGCGAAACUUCCGCUUCAGCAACUGAGCUUCCAAACGUCACACGGUACAUCGGUGGCCCAGCGUCAGUCGCCACGACGUAUACCAUUCCUCCAGCCUCACCUGGAGAGCCAGGCACUGUUGUCAUUCAAACCCCAGCUGCCAGCCCUGAAGAGAAUGCUACGUCUUCCCCACCAGCUGAAGCACCAACUGAAAUCCCGAAUGUCACUCGUUACGUCGGCGGGCCAGUGUCAGUCCCUACGACCUACACCCUCCCUCCAGCUUCUUCUGGGGAGCCGGGUACAGUGGUCAUCGAAACACCAACAGCCAGCCCCGCAGCUUCAACAAAUCCCAUCAGCGGCGCACCAGCAGGCAUUCCGUCAACUUCCACCCCAAUCGUCGCUGGUACCAAUGUCACUAUCUUCAGAGCUGCUCCUCCCACAGCUACAGCUGAACGAACGCUGUACGAUCCACCGACUGCGGUUGGAGAGCCUGGUACUGUUAUUGUUGAAACAAUGGUUGUGUCUUCGACUUCUGGCUCAGCUGCGCCGUUGAGUAUGGAGGGCCCUGUUUCAACAACUCUGACUGGUGCUUCAGGCACUACUAGUGCGGCAGCAGUUACUCCUACAACCAGUUCUUCUGCUAUCGCUUCACCUCCAACUACAUCAAGUAGUGCGGCGGUGGCAGCAAGCUCAUCGAGUAGUGCCGCAGCAGCCGCUGCUUCAAGUUCUUCUAGUACUGCUGCUGCGGCGGCUUCGAGCUCUUCCUCUGUUGCAGCAGCUCCCAGUUCCUCUAGUGCUGCAGCUGCAGCAGCCUCAAGCUCAUCUAGUGCAGCCGCCGCGGCGGCCUCAAGCUCUUCAAUCGCAGCAGCAGCAGCCACCAGUUCUUCGAGUAGCGCUGCAGCCGCCGCUGCGGCUACAUCAAGUUCCUCAGCUGCGGCCGUCGCGGGCAGUUCCUCUAGUGCAGCAGCUGCAGCUGCCUCAAGCUCGUCCAUUGCCGCAGCCGCCGCUGCAUCAUCAACAUCAAGCGCAGCUCCAGCACCAGUGACCACAAGCUCAACCAGUGCUGCAGCCCCAGUAAUCACCACCUCCAGCAGCGCAGCUAUCCCUGUAGUCGCUACCUCUUCCAGUAGUACCUCCAGCACAAGCAUGAUGCCCCAGCUCGCAUUCGGCCCAACGUUCGACUGCGAUGGCUUCGGCUACACCGUUCAAAGUCUUCUGGCCAACACCCUCACACGCGUCAACCUCGUCACCGGUCAACGAACAGAUAUCAAAACGGGUAUUGGCCCAGGCGGUCCUAUCAACGGUAUCGGCUUCAAUAGGCUCGAUAACUACAUCUACGGCUUCUACCAACAACCUUUGGUCAAUGCCCUUCUUUGCGGCGUGUUGGGAUGUAAGCGAUCGGGACUUAUUCGUAUCGCUAAGGACGGCCGAUGGGAGGUCCUUGAUCUUGUGAUUGGUUCAAAUGCUAUCAGUAUGGGUGAUGUUGAUGAUCAAGGACGGUUCUGGGUCUCCGAAGGCGGGGGUAAAUGGUGGUGCGUUGAUUUGAGGCCGACUAGCACCACCUUCGGCAAGCUUCUGAAUUCCGGCACAUCGGCUACCAACCUCUUGACUGGAGUCGGUGACUGGGCAUAUGUCCCCGGAGGCGGAAACUAUCUCUACGCCUUGCAAGCAUCUGUCAUCGAGAAUGGCCUCCUCAGAACAAACAUAGUCCGCUGGUCUUUGACCACACAAAAGUGGGAGAACUACCAAGCGUAUCCGGGCAUCCUCAACACAGCGCUCAACCUCGUCUGGGGCGCUGUCAUGGCAGCGCCGGGUGGAACGCUUUUCGCUCAAGAGACUGUCCUCGGACAAACAUGGAAGUUCACCCUCGGAUUUGGGGCCCCGGAUCCGACACCGAUACCAGGCGGUGCUAUUCUCAACUUGCUAGGGUCGGAUGGAGCCAAGUGUGCGAGUGCUUCACUUUAA